CUUGCUCGUAGUUCCUCCACGCUUCUCCUCCCACUCCUCCAAGUCUACCUAGGGAACCAUUCUUCAUUCGACAACGAGCCCACUUUGCUACGUCGUCGAUCAAGGUCUUGAGGUGCUCCAAUCGGUGGCACUCAGAUGGCACCUGAAGCUGCCCGAAGAGGGAUACCGCUGGCUCUCCUUGUCUAGAACGUUACAUGGAAAAUCUGUGCCUGAGGGGCAUGAACCAGUCAUGAAGCUCAGCAAUCGCUUUGUGAUGGCCGGGGUCAUCGCUUUAGGCUGUCUCGUGGUUUUCCUGGCGAGCGGUGACAUUCUCCGCAGAAACUUGUUCGUGUCAUCAUGUCUCGAACCUAUUAUUCAUCCGCUGGGUCUUGACGAGCGGCUUCGCUCUACCAACUCCGUCAUGAUGAAGACUGCUGGUCUGUUGUCGAGCUUGUUCCUUGCGCCUUGCCUUGGGGUACCUCAAGCGUCAACAGCGGCUUCCCGUGCUUCAUCGACGACCUCAUUCGCGGCACAAUUCACCGUGCCGUCGAGUGCCGACGAAGGAGCGUCUCUCCUGCCAAAUGUCUACGAUCCAACUGCAGCCGACGCCCAAGCCGAGUGCCCCGGAUACAAUGCGAGUGCUGUUAAGACUUCAUCAACUGGCUUGACCGCUCACCUGACCCUGGCUGGUCCUGCUUGCAAUGUCUAUGGCACAGAUGUCCACGACUUGGACUUGACGGUUGAGUAUCAGACCGACGCCCGCCUUCAUAUCAAUAUCCGCCCCUCUCAUGUUACUGCUCAGAACCGGAGCUGGUACUUCCUCUCCACAGACUACGUGCCAGCUCCGAGCCAUGAGAGUGGCAAGAUGACUACUAGCGACUUGACUUUUUCUUGGGCCAAUACGGCAAGGGCUGGCUUUGGUUUCAAUGUCACCCGGAACAGCACUGGUGACGUGCUUUUCUCCACGACCGGAUCCAAGUUGGUCUUUGAGAAUCAGUUCAUUGAGUUGGUGACGCACCAAGAAGAGAACUACAACCUUUAUGGACUCGGCGAAGUCAUUCAUGGCUUGCGACUGGGCAAUAACCUCACACGGACGAUUUAUGCUGCAGACGCGGGCGACCCGAUUGACAUGAACAUCUAUGGAAGCCAUCCAUUCUACAUGCAAACCAAGUAUUUCGAGGUCGGCAACGACAGUAGCACGACACUCGUGACAGAACAGCUUGAUACCACAAAAGCUACAGCUAACUAUACCUCUUCUACACAUGGCCUAUACUUCCGAAAUGCUCAUGGCAUGGAAGUCCUGAUGCGCGCCACCAAUGUCACAUGGCGGACACUGGGCGGCAACAUCGACCUGUAUUUCUUUUCAGGACCGACACAGCCGGAUGUCACUCAUCAGUACCUCAAUGUCAUCGGAAAGCCAGUGCUUCAAAACUAUUGGGGCUUCGGUUUCCAUCAGUGCCGAUGGGGCUACGAAAACUGGACCGUCACAGAGGAUGUGGUGAACAAUUAUGCCAAGUUCGAGAUUCCCCUGGAGACAAUUUGGAACGAUAUCGACUACAUGUUCCAGUAUCGAGACUUCGCCAACGACCCUGUUCGUUUCAACUACUCUGAAGGCAAGGCUUUCCUGCAAAGACUCCAUGACAGAGGUCAACACUAUGUACCUAUCAUUGACAGUGCUAUCUAUGCACCCGAUCCCAGUAACGCAAGUGAUGCGUACCCAACCUUCAAUGACGGCAAUGACACUAAUUCGUAUCUUCUCAACCCUGAUGGGUCAUUGUACAUUGGUGAGGUUUGGCCUGGAUACACAGUUUUCCCUGAUUGGCUCACCAGCUCAGCCAAGACGUGGUGGAAGAAUCAGAUGGUCGCGUAUUACCAGAAGAUCCCCAUUGACGGUGCCUGGAUCGACAUGAGCGAAGUCUCGUCCUUUUGUGUCGGUAGCUGCGGCUCGGGCAAUCUGUCACUGAACCCUGUUCAUCCACCGUUUUUGCUAUCGGGCGAGCCAGGAAACGUCAUCUACGGUUACCCAGAGGGCUUCAACCUGACGAACGCCACGCAGGCCGCAUCUGCUGCGUCUGCAUCACAGUCCCAGGCAGACGCCACUUCAACGGCUUCGAGCACGACGGCGAGUGCAUCAUCGUCGUCCACCUCGACGAGCUAUCUGCGUACCACGCCUACGCCAGGUAUACGCAACGUCAACCACCCGCCGUACGUUAUCAACCAUGUCCAAGGCGAUCUGGCCGUGCACGCCGUGUCGCCGAACGCAACGCACCACAACGGGAUCAUGGAAUACGACGUGCACAACCUUUUCGGCCAUCAAAUCCUGCAAGCGACAUACGCUGCGCUCCUGGCGGCCAGACCAGGGAAACGGCCCUUCAUCAUCGGCCGCUCGACAUUCGCCGGCUCGGGGACCGUGGCAGGGCAUUGGGGCGGCGACAACGAAUCCAAGUUCUACUACAUGUACUUCUCGAUCCCGCAGGCUCUGAGCUUCAGUCUCUUUGGGAUCCCCAUGUUCGGCGUCGACACGUGCGGGUUUAAUGGCAACAGCGACGAAGAACUGUGUAACCGCUGGAUGCAAUUGAGCGCCUUCUUCCCUUUCUACCGCAACCACAACGUGCUGUCGGCAAACUCGCAAGAAGCAUACGUGUGGAGCAGUGUGAUCGACGCGACCAAGACGGCCAUGGCCGUGCGCUUCCAGCUCCUGCCGUACUUGUACACGUUGUUCUACAACGCGCAUGUCAACGGUGACACCGUCAUGCGCGCUCUGGCGUGGGAAUUCCCCAACGAUCCCUCGCUGGCCAGCGCGGAUCGGCAGUUCUUCCUGGGACCUUCGAUUUUGGUGGUUCCGGUCCUGACCCAGGGCGAUACGUCGGUGAAUGGUGUUUUCCCGGGUCUCGUCGAGGGCACCGACGUGUACUAUGAUUGGUACAACAAGACACCGGUGAGUGUGCCGUCGAGCAAGAACACCACGAUCGAUGCGCCGCUCGGUCAUAUCCCGGUGUACAUCCGCGGCGGGGCGAUUCUGGCAACGCAGCAGAUGGCCAUGACGACGAGGGAAGCGAGAAACACGUCGUGGUCGAUCAUAGUGGCGCCCGGCGUGGACGGCACGGCCACGGGGACGUUGUACCUUGACGACGGGGAGAGUUUGAAGCCCAACGCGACGAAAUUCGUCAGCAUGAGCGCGGCCAUGGGCUCGUUGAACGUCGCGGUCAGUGGUGGGUAUACGGGCUUGGAUCUGCCGUUGGCGAACAUCACGAUUCUUGGUGUGCAGAGGGCGCCGCCGAGUAAUGUGGUCAAGAUCAAUGGGAAGACGGUGGGCAAUAGCACGUACGAUGCGAGCAGCAAGACGUUGUUCAUCGGAGGCUUGCAGACCGCAAUGGGUGGGAAGGUCUGGGGUGGAAAUUGGUCUUUGUCCUGAUUUUUACUCAUCGAAUGACACCCCGCCGCUGUGUCACGAUGUUCUUCUCAGCUAGAGAGUAAGCAAGGAACGGCUUUUAUGAGGCACCCCUAAACAAUGGAUGGGAUUUCUCCCCCAGAAGAAAGGGAAAUGCAAACCCCAGCAAUCUCGGCUUCAUGGUCGCGGUCGUAGUCGUGGUCCAAAGUUUACGAGCUUUG